AUGGACGCUCAAUUGUCUGAAAUCAACCUCGAUGACAGCCGGAGUAAGGCUAUCCUCAUCGUUGCCUCUGUCUUUCUCGGUAUCUCCCUGCUCAGCGUGAUCCUACGAUGUUUCGUGCGCACUCGCAUUGUGCGUGCGUUCGGGUGGGAUGAUGGUGUGAUGGUGUUGGCGAUGGCUCUGAACCUGGCUUUCGGCAUCUGCGGAAUUGUCGCAUGCAAAUUUGGAUUGGGGAGGACGUUGGCAUACUUUGCCAUUCCCGGCAACGAAAAUGACUUCCACCGCGCAAUGAUGUGCUUCUGGAUUGCACAGCUGUUCUACGUCCUGACCUGCGUUGCCGCCAAAGUCUCGAUCAUUAUCGCCCUACUCCGUAUCACCGUGGAUCGCAUCCACGCCUACGUUCUCUACGCUGCCAUGAUCCUGGCCUCCGCCGUGGGCAUCAUCUUUUUCUUUUUCACCCUCUUCCAAUGCACCCCCGUCGACUUCUUCUGGAAUCGUGCACAACCGGGCGCCUCUGGCAAGUGCGUCAGUAACAACACCCUCAUCGGAAUCGCCUACUUGUACAGCAUCGGCGCGGCCAUUACCGAUUUGACGAUUGGGCUCCUCCCCGUAGCGCUGAUUUGGAACUUGCGCAUGAACACUCGCACAAAGUGUGCGAUCAUCUUAAUUCUGGGAAUUGGUUGCAUUGCAAGUGCCGCGGUCAUUAUUCGCAUUCCCUUCGUUCACCACUACAAAGACAAAGAAUUCUUAUACAACACCUACCAAAUUUCCAUCUGGUCCAAUGUCGAAGCCGGCCUCGGCAUUACCGCCGGGUGUCUGACCACCCUGCGCCCCCUCAUUCGAUUCCUCCGUGACGGCUCCUCCGCCGGCCCUAGUCGGACACCCCCCUCCUACCCUCUCGCCAGCAAUGUCGCAGGCGGAUUUAAUCGCUCGGCGCGGUCCAAGCACGAGUCGCGCGACGACCAACUAUGGACUGGCCGAGAGAGCGAUGACUACCACGGUGUCACCACUACUAUAAUGGGCCGACAAAAGGCGCCCACUAGUUCCGAAGAGGAUCUGAAUCCGCACCUUGACACGAAUACCGACAACGGUUGGAAAGUCGAGAGGUCUGUCCGUGUGUCUGUGCGUAAUUCAUGA